UUUCUAGUCCAUGACUCGUAGCAAGUGUAUAAAUAUAGUGUGAAGAUUAGCUCUCACUAUUUCAUAUAUAAUAUAAGCUGGCCGGUAAUAUUAGUGAGUCCGUGAGUGAGAGAAAGAAAAAGAGAAACACAAAGACAGAGAGACAGAGAGACAUGAGAUCAUCAUCCUAGUUCAAACCUCGUCCUCCUCCUUAUUUUGUUGUUUGGUCUCACAGAAGCUCUGAUCGAAACCCAUUACGGAUUUGAAGUGAAAGAUUGAGAAAAGCUGGUUAAUUUGAGUUUUCCGAUCGAAGAAGACGAAGGUGGUCGAGAUUCGUUUCAGGGUUUAUUACUUCUUGGUCUGACUUGAAUUGAGGGAGAUGACAGAGGAGACAUUAACGCAGAGUAAUGACACUAGUGCUUCAGAUCAUAGAACUCCGAGUGUUGUGUUGGAUAUUGAAAGCCUAGCACAAUCCUCAGAUUUCUGCUCAGGGAGCCCCAAAAUGACUAGGGCACUCUCACGGAAAUGGUCGUAUCGAGCAGAGAGAUCAAUUAGUACUGAUCAGGAGGAAGACACUGAUCAUGAAUCAACAAAGAAACUUCUAGUGAAAGUGAACUCUCAGUUGGAGCCCUUGAAGCAGCCAUUGAUCACCGCAAAAUCGUUGCCGUCAACCUCAACUACUCUAAUGGGCACUAAUCUGCUGGACACAGGGGAUGGACGGAGCAAGAGGUUUAAUCGCUUCAUGACCAUUAACCCUCGAAAGAUCCUUCUCAUUUUUGCAACCAUGUCCAGUAUGGGGACAUUAAUCUUGAUAUACUUCACACUCGCCAUUAACCGAACAGUUUGAAUGAUUCAUUGAUCGAGGGAGCAUACAUAUAGAUAUGAAUCGAAGCGUAUUCUCCAGAUAAUUUUGUACUGUACUCUUUCUUGGUAGUUGUGCUGGGGAUAACAACCAUUAACUCCCAUCUAUGAUUGAUGACCCCGUCCUGCAGUACUCAUGUGUCUGAACAUUGAUCUCUCUCUGUCAGUUAACAUCAGAUAUCAUCAUAUCGAUCAGUGUUGUUAAUGUCACUGCCACCCAGAUCACAAUAUAUAUGAGGAUCGGUCCAGCGCUUCUGGCUCACCAAGUUUUUCAUUUUGGUGCCUGCAGAUACAAUUGGUUCAGUACAUAUCUCCUGUAACUAGAUAUUGUGCAUGCAUUGCUCCAGUGCUACCUAGCUCGCUAGUUGAUUUUGUUGUGUGAACGCUUGUUUAUUAAUUUCUCAAUCUUUAUGAAUCCUUGUUAUCGAAGCAAGGGGUUUUCUUCAUCG